GUCAUCCACAUCCACCGACAUAAAACUCUCCACAUGCUUCUUAAACGUUCGUCUAGUUCAGAGCGCCACCGAUUCGGCCAUUGCAAUGACCGGGAGAAGGUUGCGGAUCGGUCUCCGAAAAAAACUGCUGCUACUGAAACCAGUAACAAGAAGGGUGGCAGGAGAGUAAAGAGUGGAGUGGAUGAUAGUGAAGGGUUGCUACCGACUCCGAGGAGCGUAAGUGACGAUCUAGCGGCACGCCACGGCAGUUCUCUGAGGCAGAUAACAAGGGCGUUUCGGUAUAGAUUACUAAGGAGAGCUUGGCAACCUGUCAACCCUCCCGCCAGUUUCAAACGCCAAGUCACCGAUAAUCUUCAGAGGUGGGUCAUUGAAGUAAAUGGAGCCCCUGGAACUUUAUAUGCAAAUGAAACUUACCAGCUUCAGGUUGAUUUCCCCGAGAAUUACCUGAUGGAAUCUCCCCAGGCUAUAAAAUCUGGAUUUGGGUCGGCGAAUUCCAGCAUGGAUGUUGCAAAUUCACCCCGAGUUUUCACCGGAUCUCUCUCUGCAACCGGGAUGGAGCGCUCCGAGGAUUAAACUUGCGUGAUAUCCCGCAGGCUGAAUCCGAGAACUACGCAUGUCUUUUACGAUUGCAUCGUGGAGUGCUGCUAUGGCGUUUUCGGAUUCUCUGCUAUGAGAAAAGGAAAAUGGAUUUCCCCGCGAAAGGAGAAAUU